CACGUUGACUACUCUGAGACCCAUUGUUGAAAGGAAGAGUUCGGUCGUUAGAAGUUUCUGUUCUCAGAAUAAACACCCCGUCACCACUCGUCUAGGAUGUCCAGUAAAUUGGUCAGCGCACACAGGACAGAAUUACAUUCAGCGAACAAUGUUUGGGCUGAAUUUGGCAAGCUAGCAGCCGAGCACGAGGCUAUCAACCUUGGUCUGGGAUUUCCAGACUUCUCCCCUCCAGAAUAUGUGAAACAAGCCCUCUGUGAUGCCACCAUGAGCAGCAAUGUUCUGCUGAACCAGUACACCAGGAGCUUUGGUCACCCUAGACUUGUUCAGGCAAUCUCCAAGAUGUUCUCCCCACUCCAUGGUCGGACCAUUGACCCAAUGAAUGAGAUAAUCGUCACAGUUGGUGCCUAUGGGGCUCUGUACUGUACCAUCAUGGGGUUGAUCAACCCUGGGGAUGAGGUGGUCAUUAUUGAGCCGUUUUUUAACUGUUAUGAGCCUAUGGUAAGGCUUGCAGAGGGGGUACCAGUGUUUAUACCACUUAGAGCAGAGAAAGCAACAUUGGUGUCAUCCAGUGCAGAUUGGAAACUAGACCCAGAAGAACUGGCCAGCAAGUUUAAUAUUAAAACUAAAGCAAUCAUUAUCAAUACUCCACAUAACCCAACUGGCAAAGUUUUUUCCAGGGCAGAGUUGGAGGUUAUAGCAGACCUGUGUAAACAGCAUGAUGUGAUGGUGAUAUCAGAUGAAGUGUAUGAGUGGAUUACUUUCCAAGGGGAGGAACAUGUGAGAAUAGCCACCCUACCAGACAUGUGGGAGCGUACCAUCAGUAUCAGCAGUGCUGGGAAGACAUUCAGUGUGACAGGCUGGAAGCUGGGCUGGUGUAUAGGACCUCCACACCUGAUAGAGGGCGCUCAGAGGAUUCACCAGAACUGUAACUACACCUGCCCUACUCUACUACAGGUAUGUGGGACAUCAGAUAUAUAG